AUGAGCCAGGAAAUCCACAGCCAGUACGACUCGAUUCUGAUCCUGGACUUUGGGUCGCAGUACUCGCAUCUGAUCACGCGCCGAUGCCGUGAGCUGAACGUGUACUGCGAGAUGCUGCCGUGCACGCAGCAGAUGAAGGACCUCACCUGGAAGCCAAAGGGCAUCAUCCUCUCCGGCUCGCCCUACUCGGUGUACGACGAGGUGGCCCCCCGCGUGGACCCUGCGGUGUUUGAGAUGGGCGUGCCGGUGCUCGGCAUUUGCUAUGGUCUCCAGGAGAUUGCGUGGAACCACGGGGGGCGCGUCGACCCCCACGACUCGCGCGAAUACGGCCACGCGACGCUGGACGUCGUGAACACGGGCAAGGCCAGCGCCGACGCGCUCUUUGCCGGCCUCGGCGAGAAGGUGACCGUGUGGAUGUCGCACGGCGACCAACUGUCCAAGAUGCCCGACGGCUUCGAGGUCGUCGCGCGCACGUCCACUGCGCCCUACGCCGCGAUUGCGCACCAGUCCAAGCCCCUCUACGGCAUCCAGUUCCACGCAGAGGUGACGCACACCGAGUGCGGCAAGGCGAUCUUUGAAAACUUUGUCGACCGCAUCUGCGGCUGCAAGCGCAACUGGACGAUGGAGACCUUUAUCGACAAGGAGAUCACGCGCAUCCGCGAGAUGGUCGGCCCCCGUGGCCGUGUCAUUGGCGCGAUCUCUGGUGGUGUGGACAGCAGUGUUGCGGCGAAGCUCAUGCACGAGGCGAUCGGCGAGCGCUUCCACGCGGUCAUGGUCGACAAUGGUGUGCUGCGUGAGAACGAGGCGAAGCAGGUGCGCGAGAUGCUCGGCGAGCACCUCGGUGUGCACCUCACUGUCGUCGACGCGUCCGAUCUCUUUUUGGAGCGCCUCGAUGGCGUCGAGGACCCCGAGAAGAAGCGCAAGAUUAUCGGAAAUACCUUUAUCGAGGUCUUUGAAAAGGAGGGCGACCGCCUCGAGAAGGAGGCCGAGGCACAAGAGGCCGAGGCGCUCGCCAAGGGCGAGCCGCUGAGCGAGACCAAGGGCAAGUACGAGUUCCUGCUCCAGGGCACGCUCUACCCCGAUGUGAUCGAGAGCAUCUCGUUCAAGGGCCCGAGCGCGACGAUCAAGACGCACCACAACGUCGGUGGUCUCCUCGAGAACAUGAAGCUCAAGCUCAUCGAGCCGCUGCGCGAGCUGUUCAAGGACGAGGUGCGCGAGCUCGGCAAGCUCAUGGGCAUUCCCGCGCACCUCGUGGGCCGCCACCCCUUCCCGGGCCCCGGCCUGGCGAUCCGCAUCCUUGGCCCGGUGACGCGCGAGCAGGUCGCGCUUCUCCAGCAGGCGGACAAGAUCUACAUUGAGGAGAUCCGCAAGGCGGGCGUCUACGACCAGAUCAGUCAGGCGUUUGCCGUGUUGCUCCCGGUGCGCGCCGUGGGUGUCCAGGGCGACAAGCGCACCUACGACCAGGUGAUCUGUCUGCGUGCCGCGCAGACCACCGACUUUAUGACCGCGACGUGGUACCCCUUCGACCCCCAGGUCCUGUCGCGCAUCUCGAACCGUAUCACGAACGAGGUGCAGGGCGUGAACCGCGUCGUGCUCGACGUUUCGUCCAAGCCCCCGGCGACGAUCGAGUGGCUGUAG